AUGUGGAGAUCUGACAACAACAAGGCCAAGCAGGCGACCGUAGUGGCGGGCCUAUCUUUUUACACCGGAGCCCGCACUAUUGAGAUCUGCUCGUUGUACAUCGAGGAUCUAGAGGUGACUCAAUCUGACGAGGCCCUCUUCAUCUCGAUGCCUUUGCGUUUUUCCAAAGACUACUCUGUGACCAUGAUCCGCUUCCCAAUUACCCGAUAUGGCUCCAUCGAUUUCAAUAACUUGGAUGAAAUGAAUUUUUCAUUCAAGCUGCAGCCGAUUCCGGUUGCGCGAGGAAGUAACAGAGGCUCUGCUUACUGGGGACUCAUUCGCCGGGGAGCGGCAGCCGCUAUCCACCCCUUCUCCCUUAACCUUGUUGGAAAGGUGAUUGGCGACUUGGUCGCGAGCAGCUUGCUUUGUGGUCAUCAGACCACCAAUCUUGGAGAUCUCUUCCGACGGGAAAUCGCUAAAGUGGAACAAGAAAUGGCCAUCUUGUUCAAGCUCGUGGUUGGCGAGGAAGUCGACGAGAACACCGCCAACGCCGACUGGGCUAUCCAGCGCAUUGAUGAGCUGCGCGGCUUCUUUGCUAGAACUGAGCGUUCCAUCUUCGUCUGA